UCGAUAGCACAAGUUUCACUGCAAGCACUGAGAGAGAGAAAACCAGACCCCGAACCACCUCUGAUCAACAUCCAGAGACUCUUCUGUAGGAAAACGAUGCUGUGUGAAGGAAAGCUCUGGAGUCUGGCUUUUGAAGCUGAAGCCGAGUGUGUAAAUCCUCCUUCAUGCACCACAGUCACAGAGCCUUCCUCAACUUCACCAAAUAAUCCCCUCUCAGCUCAAAUCCCCGUCCACUCAGCUCCAGAGGUCCAUGCUAAUAUAACCCAGAUGAAAACCCGGAGCUACCCUCACCCUUCCUCUAUGGCAGGACAUGGUGUGGAUAUCCCCAGGCAUGUGGACACCCCAGAAACAGAAGCAUUUUUGGUGCCUUCGAGCUGCCACAGCAUUUGCCAGCAUUACAGCGAUUUACACAUAGCAGGCGGUCAGGUGUUGCCACUCAGCCCCCAUGCAGGAGAAAUACAGGGCCAUCACAGCCAGGAUCCCCAGCCUGGACCCUUUCUUGUGUCUGGAGAUGUUCCCUCACCCUCCCUCUUACCUCCUCUGGUCCACGAGUACAGGAGCUCGAGGCGAUGGAAGGAAGAAAGCGGGCGUGAGCGUCCCUCUCUCCUGCAGUUCAGCCGGCCGCUCUCCAACUCUCAACUUAACGGCUAUCUUGAGCAGAAGCUUCUGGAGCUGUACAGACAGUACCUGACUGAGGGACCGGCUGUUAGCAGGCCCGUCAUGGCCUCUGAGCUUCUGCAGACCAGCCUGGACCAGAUGACCCUCCAGCUGAGCCGAGAGCAGAACAUGGAGACGGCAAGGGCAAAAGACAUGCUGCUCAGCUGCCUGCUCAGAGUCACCAGCACAUACCAGUCCAGCGAGAUCAGCACUCCUCUACUGCAGAUCUCCACUGAGACUCAAUGAGCUAGACAGAUAAAAGGAGAAGACUGACUGUGAGACAGUGGCAUUUGAUCAGUGAUUCUGCAAAUGAUCGUUUUGAAAAUAAAUGAUUUUAUAAAUAUGAUAAACAAAAAUACAUCUAAAAAUAAAAACCUUUGUGGCUUAAAUGUUUUAUUUGUGGGCUGUUGAUUAAUCUGAGUUCCCACAGUCGGUACCCUAGGCAGGGCUGCACAAUAUUGCAGUUUUUCUCAGAUAUAUAUUGCGAUAUCAUUGAUCCAGAUGGUUUAAAAAGCUGUGUUUGCAUGGAUUUCAUUAAUUUAGAUGGUUUGGGGUGAUUUUGUAGGGGUGAGAAUCAUGGAUCAAAUGUAAUACACAAAUUAGCACAUAUGUAUAUAGUAUAGCAAAGAUAAAAGUGUAAUAGUCAGUGCUUUAUUGUUUACUGCAAGUCAAACAUUACAGAAAUUGAAUGAUGAAAUGAAAAACAACACUGCAUAGUAUAAAUUAUUCAAUAAAAUUAAUCGCUAUUAAAAGUAAAAAAUUGUACAAUUUAUUGUGCCUGCAUGUUUUAAAUUCUCUU